AUGAAGAGCAGGUCCUUUGACGCCCAAGACAGCAUCACCGAAUCCCAGAAUACCAUGGUCAGGGGAGCAGCACCAGCUGGGUCCACAGGCUGUGGUCAAGGGCAGCCUCUGCCUGUAGAUUUGUGUUUUCUUUCUGCAAAGCUCAUGCAGUGGGACGUGGGAAAGCCCCAUGACCACUCUCAGGAUGCUCCAAGCUGGCUUCUGCCAGCUCGUCCACUGGGGAACGUGAAACGCACAGGGACGGCCCCCUGGGGUGAUGUUUCAGCCCGUGUAAAAAAAAAAACAAAAAUCCAGGUUGAUGGGAAAACAAUAAAGGCACAGAUAUGGGACACGGCAGCGCAAGAGCGAUACCGAGCUAUAACAUCAGCAUACUAUCGUGGAGCUGUAGGUGCCUUAUUGGUUUAUGACAUUGCUAAGCAUCUCACAUAUGAAAAUGUAGAGCGGUGGCUGAAAGAACUGAGAGAUCAUGCCGAUAGUAACAUUGUUAUCAUGCUCGUGGGCAACAAGAGUGAUUUACGUCAUCUCAGGGCAGUUACUACUGAUGAAGCAAGAGCUUUUGCAGAAAAGAAUGGUUUUUCAUUUAUUGAGACAUCUGCUUUAGAUUCUACAAAUGUAGAAGCUGCUUUUCAAACAAUUCUAACAGAGAUAUACCGCAUUGUUUCUCAGAAGCAAAUGUCAGACAGACGUGAGAAUGACAUGUCUCCAAGCAACAAUGUGGUUCCUAUUCAUGUUCCACCAACCACUGAAAACAAGCCAAAGGUGCAGUGCUGUCAGAACAUCUAAGGCAUUUCUCUCCUCCCCUAGAUGGCUGUGUAUAGUCCAUUUCCCAGGUCUGAGAUUUAAAUAUAUUUGUAAUUCUU